UAAACCAUGCAUCAAUGAAAAGCUGAUUUAUUCAGAUAAAACACCGACCCUUGUGACUGGUUUUGUGGUCCGGGGUCACAUAUGACUCUUCCAGUAUAGAUUUGAUAUAUUUUCACAUCCUCAGUAAUCUUGUACGGUCCUGUCUCUUGCUUGUUUUUGGUUCUAGACUCAUCAGCGAAAGCAUUCCCUUCUCUGAUCGAGAAUGAAUAGAGGAUUCAGUUUAAGCUCCUCAUCUUUUGCCAUACCCGCAGCAGACAAUGUUACUUCAUCCUCAGUGUUCGGCUCAGCUGCUAGUGCAUUUCAAGCCUCCUCUUCAGGCAUCAAUGGUGCUAGCAAACCUGAAAACGAAACCGCACCUCCACCUCAGUUUACUUUCGAAGCUUCAUCCUUGCUGGAAAACGAGUGGAGAAGUACGGAGUGGAGUGAAGAAGUGAGAGAGGCACUGGUGAAGACUGUCAGGUCAUUUAAACCACCCAGUGAGACGGUCACUGAAGCCCGGGUUCUGCUGCUCGGUCCAGUCGGGGCUGGAAAGUCCAGCUUCAUCAGCUCAGUCCAGUCUGUCUUCUCUGGACGGGUCCUCAACAGAGCCAUGGUGGGCUCCUCGUCCUCCACCAGCUUCACCAAAAAGCUUCGCUCGUACACCAUCAGAGGAGCAGGAGAGGACACAGACGAGCCCACGGCUCUGGUGUUGUGUGACGUGAUGGGUGUAGGUGAAGGAGAAGGCACCGGACUCACUCUUCACGAUGCACUGUCUGUCAUUAAAGGACACGCUCCAGAGGGACACCAGUUUAGUCCUGAGCAGCCGAUUGGAGCAGAGACAGUGGGCUUCAUCAGGACACCGAGCACUAAUGAUAAAGUGCACUGUGUGGUGUUUGUGAUCGACGGAUCUAAAGUCGGAUCCUACGCCAAAAGCUUUGGUGCCACUUUCCAACAGUUACGAGAACACAUCAGCAACUUAGGUGUACACCAGGUGGCGUUACUGACCCAUGUGGACCAGGUUUGUAACGCUACCAGAAGUGACAUUACCCAGGUUUACAAGAGCAGGGCCAUUCAGCAGGCCAUGGAGAAGGCUGGGCAGCUGCUGGGAAUGGCCACAUCCUACAUCGUCCCAGUGAAGAACUACUGCUCAGAGCUGGACCUGGACGAAAACACUGAUGUUCUGCUGCUCAAAGCUGUUGAUCAUAUCUUACAAUACGUGAAUCUGUUCUUUCAAGAUGACAGCGAUUAAACAUCUGCAGAGUUUUGCUCCUGUCUCGAUCAAA